AUGCCGCCCCACGCUGGCCCCGUGCCGCCUCCCCGGGAUCUCCGCGCCGGCUCCACCUUCUCGCCUAGCCGGCCCCGAGCCCGGUCUCCUCGCGGCCGCAGCUGCGCCCAACUCCGGCCUCCCGCCCUGAGCGCCGGGUCCUCCUCGCGUUGCGCGCCCGCUCCUGGCCUCGUCACGGGAGGCCGCUCCACCAUGCCGCCUGCGCCUGGCCGGCUGCUCCGCCACCACGCCGGGCCGGCCGCCUCCCGCGCGCUUGCUGCCUCAAGCGCGCCGGCCGCCGUCCACACCGCGCCAAGACGCCCAAAAAAGCCCAAAAGACAUAAUUUGUUUGGUAUGAUUCCCCGCAACUCCUUUCCCAGCAUCUCGUUCCAAAUCUCCCACCUCCCCCCCCAGGAGGAGGCGACGACGGAGAAGGCCGAGAAGGCGCCGGCCGGGAAGAAGCCCAAGGCCGAGAAGCGGCUGCCGGCGGCGGGCAAGGGCAAGGCCUCCGGCAAGGAAGGCGGCGGCGACAAGAAGUCCAGGAAGAAGGGCAAGAAGAGCGUGGAGACGUACAAGAUCUACAUCUUCAAGGUGCUGAAGCAGGUGCACCCCGACAUCGGCAUCUCCUCAAAGGCCAUGUCCAUCAUGAACUCCUUCAUCAACGACAUCUUCGAGAAGCUCGCCGGCGAGGCCGCCAAGCUCGCCCGCUACAACAAGAAGCCCACCAUCACGUCCCGGGAGAUCCAGACCUCCGUCCGCCUCGUCCUCCCCGGCGAGCUCGCCAAGCACGCCGUCUCCGAGGGCACCAAGGCCGUCACCAAGUUCACCUCCUCUUAGAUUGUACAUCUAGUAGCGACUGUAGAUGGUUCUGUUUACUUGGUGCUUGUCGACUCUGGCUAUCUGGAAGUAUAAGUGGUAUUACUGCUGGCUAGAUGGGAAUUGCUGAAUGAUUGCCAAAGCUCUGUUGGUUCUUUGGUUGUAACAGCCGAAUUUGUGCUUCUUUUCUUUUGGUAAACUGACAUAUCAAAAGUAGUGAUCCAUUUCA